AUGGCCACCGCCGGCAAGAAGGAGUUCCUCUGCAUCCUCCCGGAUAAGCCCGACGCGCUUGCCAAGCGCUUGGAGGUUCGGCCGACGCAUUUGGCUGAGGCCAAGUCUGCUGCUUCGGAUGGCAGAGUGGUAGUUGGUGGAGCCAUGUUUGAGUCGGAACACCCCUCAGAGGGAAAGCCGCCCGCGUUCAAGGGAAGCAUGAUCAUCUACACCGUGAGCAGCGCCGACGAGGCGUGGGAGUUGAUCAAGAACGACGUCUACGCCAAGAACGGCGUCUGGGACCUCGAGAAGGCCCAGGUGAUUCCUUUCAUGUCUGCUGUGCGCGAAGGACUGCAGAAGCUGUAG